UUUACGUUAACACGCACAGAAAAAGGCGAAGAAGAAGAAGAAAUCAGGGCGUGCAUAUGUUUUAAACCGAAGCGGUACAUCAACAAGAAACUCUCCCUGGAGGCGGUUGAUAAGGAAACAGCGAUAACAAAUAGGUGCUUAUGUGAACGAUGCAGGGGUCUGCACAGAAUAGACGGCGAGCGGCUCAGGACUUCGAGGCUUGUUACGAGUCCUUGUGUGCGACUCAGGGCUCGGCCCCUGUUGCUGCAGUGAGAUCGGGCCUAAGACAAGGAGUGUUGGACUUUAAUGGAGACUCCAUUGGUUUCCCAGACUGGGCGACUAUACUUUCAGCAUUGGCCAUCAACAAGCAGUUGCACCAUGUCGCCGUUCGAAGUUGCUAUCUCUCCAGGAUAGGCUCUCAGGGUUCUUCUAAGACUCCUGUCAGAAAGAAGGCUCCGGAUGUCCAUUCGAAGAGCAUGACGUUUCAGCUCUGCAGGACUGUACAGAAAUGCCUGGGGCUUUCAGCCAGCCUUAAAACGCUCCACCUGCACGGACUGCCGCUGAGAGAAAGAGACCUUGAUGCACUCACUAAGGGUUUGUCCACAAGUGUGUCAUUGGAGCAUUUGUCUUUGGCACACUGCCCUAUUGGAGACAAUGGACUAGAGACUAUUUGUCAGAGUGUAAAAUAUUCAACGACUAUUAAAACAGUGGAUUUCACUGCCUGUAAUAUUACAUGGCGAGGGGCAGAGCAUAUGGCAAACAUUAUAAAGAGCCAGGCAAUGAAGCGACACAGCACGGCGUGGGUGGAGACUUUGCGCUACAGGAAGGCGGAGUUUGAGGCGAUGGGUGGGCUUCGCAGGAUCACACUUAACGAAAAUAUUUUAAUCGGUGACCGAGGAGUGGCAUCCCUCGCUCAGGAGCUCACCGAAGACCUGUGGGUCAAAGCAGUGGACCUGCAGCGGUGUGGCAUCUCUAAUGAUGGAGCUCGUGCUCUGGAGAAAGUGCUACACUCCAACACAACCCUGUGUGUCCUGGACAUCCGGAGGAACCCUCUAGUGGAUAAUGAGCUGGUGAAGUCCGUGAUUAAAAAAGUGCUUAUGAACAAUAAAGGACAGGAGUCACAGUAUUUGUGGCUGAAACCUCCGACUAAAGAUGCAAAUGAACACUCGGGUCCGCCGGCCAGGAGAAGCACGGGAAAAGCUACCUACAGAAUCGUUAAAGGCUCACGACGGACAUCUUUAGCGGCGUGUGGAGGCCGGCCCCCUCGAUCUGGCAGCACUGGCGGUAUCCCAUGGCGCACUGCAGCACGGGCCAAACUUCAAAGGGGUUUACCUCAGAGUGCCACAACAGCAGAUUGGAGCUUUCAGAAUGCCUCAUCCAUUCGACUUACAUUAGAGUCAGAAAGCGAGUCGGAGUCUGAGGAAAAUGAAAGAGAAAUUGCACAUAGCGCUCGGGAGAACAUCGGCAGCAGCCAGUUCAGACGUCUACAGGCAGAUUACAGGAGUCUGCAGGAGCAGCUAAAGGAAUACAAACUCCGGCUUACAGAGGAGAGAAAUGCCAGGCUGAAAGUCAGCUCUCGUGUCGUCGAGCUGGAGUUAGAGAAUAAUCGCCUCCGCAGCCUGAAUCAGUCUCUCUCAGAAGCUCACAUCAGUCACUCAGUCUUGGAGGAUGAACAAGUUCUGGACAGCAUCGAGGCUUCCUUUCAAAAAUUCCAUGCAUUCCUCGACCUGCUGAAAGAUGCUGGGCUGGGUCAGUUGGUGUCCAUGGCUGGCAUUGAGCAGUCAGACUUGGGGCUUCUGAAUCGUCCACAGUUCUCUUCCACACAGAGAAGAGGAGACCAGGCCAGCGAGCAGAGGAAAGACAGUAUUGCUAUACCAACCAACUUCCAAAAAACAUCAAGACCUCAAUCCAGCAGGCCAUCCUCUUCCGCUUCUGCGGCCUCUAAGAACUCUUGUCUCCGGAAUCUCCAUUCACCACAAGAGGCGAUCCUCACGCCAGCCUCGCUGCCCUCCAACCCGUCACCUUCUCCUAUGGAUCAGCCCAGGGUUCUUCAGCAGCAGAGUGUCUCUCCAACCCACUCAAACAGGGAGUCUGUCUCUGAAAACCGCAGAGGCAACCGAGGCUCAAAAUCAGGCAGUUCAUCCAGCAGCACCCAUCGUAGUGCUCUCAGUAAACUCUCUUAUUCCUACAGAGACGAUUUCUCUGAGGGGAAGCUCUCUUCAGCUCUGAGUUCCAGAUCGUCCAGCAUGUCCCAGCUUGGUUCCCAGAAUCUCAGUGUCUCUGAGGGUCAGAGGAGUGCUGUUGGAUUGGCUGGCCUCUAGAGACAGAUCAUCUUUCUUUACGCUGUGUGCCAACACUUAAAAUUAUAGAUUUUACCAUUUAUAAUAACUAAAGUGCUCAGAAAUAUUGAGUGGAUCAUAGAGAUAAUAAGAGUAUGGCAAUGUGUGAUUGUUUGUGCAUUAGAAUUUCAUUAUAGUUCAAACGUGAUGGUGUAGGACACGAUAAACUCUGAUCACCAAGUGCAUUGUGGGUAUUCUCUAACUGUUGGAGUUGUAACCAUUUGGGUGCUAAACUUUUUAUUCAGUCUUUUAUUAGCUCAUUUUCACAAUGCUCUUGUCCUUUUUGCCAAAUUUCCGAGAACCAAAAUGAUUAAAUUUGUGAAAAUUAA